ACCUUCACAUCCAGCUUUCGACUCACUUCACUUACAACCGCAUCAUUCGCUUUGUACACGUUCGUAUCUCUCUCGGAAUUUCGCACGUCGUUUCAGUAGGAUCUUUAACAUCAUCUCCAAUAGUGGAAACUCACCAGAGUAUAGAGAAGCGCGCAAUGGCGUCUUCGAUAUCCGAGGCCUCGGUCCUCGCUGCCUUUGACGAAAAGGUGCGGGAUGGGAUUGUGAUGUACGCUGAGGAUAUGGAGAAGAUUUAUCAUGAGGAUGGUGGCUUCAAGUUCGAGUUCCGUUUGACAGCCGCGCUGAAGAGUAAACCUGCCGCGGUGGAAGACAACGCGGAGCUAGAUGACGCGGAUGAUGAAAAGGGGCCUUCUCAGACAACCUCAUCCUCAAACACCACCGCAAACAGCGUCACAUCCUCGCACGCCAACACACAUGCUGACGACACCAAGCACACCAACAACAAAAUCACCCUAGACGAAGAAGGAAACCUCCCCGGAGGCGACAUCAGCAUCGCAGGCUUCGAGCUCACGACCAUCCCCGCCAGCAGCGGCGGAAGGGAUGGAGAAGCCACGCAUGUGCUCGCCUUCAACAAGUUCUGUGCGUAUAGGCCUCAUCUGCUCCUCUUGACUGCCGACGGGAGGAGGAGGCAGUUUGAAGGGUUGGAUGAGCGAGAUCUCGGGGCUGCGGUUGAGGUUUUGGGAGGGUUGAAUGGGGGUUGGGGAGGAGAGGUGAAGGGUGUUGGUGGGGAGACGGGACAAGAGUAUCUUGUCAUCUUCAACUGUGGUAAGGAGGGCGGGUGUAGUCGGUUGCAUAAGCAUAUGCAGGUUAUCCCUGCGCCAGAUGCGAUUCCCAUGUGGCCUGACAUCGUCGACUCCGGGCCCGAGACGAAGGCGGAUGACAGUGGGAAGCAGCAGCAGCAGGAGCCGCCGUUCCGAUACUUCAUCCACCACUUCACCGGCCCAUCACCACCCUCAACAAACGACCUCACAGCAAAAUACAAAUUCAUGCUCCGCCAGGCUACAGACCUUAUCCCCGGUCGGGAGAAGGUGGUGGAAGAGGACGGGGAUGGAAGGGCCGUGGCGGUGCCGCAUAAUGUUAUCCUUGGGAGACGGUGGAUUGUUGUGGUUCCGAGGGUCAAGGCAGGCGUUGACGGGGCGGAUGUGAAUGCCGUUGGGAUGUUGGGUGUUGUUUGGGCUUCGAAGGGCGAGACGGUUGGGAAAUGGAGGGAGUUGGGGGCGAGGAGGGUGCUUGCGGAGGUUGGAGCUAGGAAGUGAGGUGAUGGUUGAGCUUGUGGUUUGAUGGAAUGGGAGGUUUGGAGAGAGUUUGGGGUGGGUUGAUGGGCUUCAAGUGGACUGUGAUGACCGUUAGAGGUUAUAGAGAGAUCGAUAGAUAGAUAGACGCGAAGUGGCGUGGAGUAGAACUUGGAAGUCAGCAACUAUAUAUAAACGAAG